AUGUUUCGGCGAUCGCUGUCGGUGCUGGGCGCUUAUAGCUGGAAGGACGUGCCGUACGUGACGGAGUGUCCGCACCAAUUGCAGGCACUCGAUCUCUCAAUUCCUCAGAGAGCUCCUCUGCAUGCCAAGCUGCCUACUUGCGUGUUUGUCCAUGGCGGAGCGUGGCAACGGGGCGACAAAAGCGCUGGACUGAACAAAGAUAUCGACGCAGCUUUCGUGCGUGCUGGAUGCUUGGGCGUCACGGUCAAUUACCGGUUGGCACCAGAAGUGCGUCACCCCACGCACGUCGAAGAUGUCGCUGCUGCAGUCACGUGGCUGCAUCGGAACGUUGCGAAGUUUGGCGGUGAUCCAAACAACUUGGUGCUCGUGGGGCACAGCGCGGGUGCGCAUCUAGUCAUGCUGAUUCUAGCGGACCCACAGUAUCUGAAAGCGGCUGGACUGGAUCAGCCAGUAGACGCAUUUGUCAAAGGAGCCGUGGGCAUCUCUGGUGUCUACAACAUCGUGCGACUCGCUAACGCUCCAUUCUUUGGAUCGCUCGUCGCACAGCCUCCGUUUGGUGACCGUGUCGAGCACUGGCGACAGGCUUCCAUUGGGGCGACCGUCACGCGGAUCGGGGCGACGUCACCACUUCUCAAAAUGCCGUUGCUGCUCGUGAAUGCACAGGACGAUUUCCACUUUCGUGACGAUGCACAGGAGCUCGCGCGGUGGCUGAUUGCAGCAGGAAAUCCCCAUGUCCAACGCCACGUGGUGACCAAUUGUAACCAUUUUAGCAUCAUCCAGCAUCUCGCGCACGACAAGCCCGACAACAACACGACCAUGAGCUUGAUCCAGACAUUUCUAGCGAGCAUUUCGACCACACCCGCCCCUCGUGCCUAA